AUGUUUGACAAAUGGGUUGCUUGGAGCGAGCCAAGCGGUGAUUUGAGGGGCGCCGGGGUCGAGGUGCUCGAGGGAGAUGUCGAAAACGGGUUUCGCGGGACUGGAAGGAUGGACAAGAUCGAGAAGCUGUUGUCACCUCUGGCUAAAGUCCCCCUUCUCCGGGUUCCGCCGUACCCCGUCGUCUUCACCAAGCCAGCCGACGCCCUAGCCGGCCCUUUUGACGAUGUGUCCAUCCACCCUGACGCGCAGAAUAUGCUCGACUACGAAGGCGAGAUGACGGUCGUUAUCGGGAGGGACGCGAAGAACGUGACCGAAGCAGACGCAUUGAGCUACGUGCUUGGCUACACGGUGGGCAACGACGUGUCAGCGCGUAACUUCCAGCUGCCGGACACGUCAGGGGGCCAGUUUUGCUACGCCAAAUCGUUUGACGGGUUUGCGCCCAUCGGUCCUUGCAUCGUGCCUCCGAGUCUAGUGCCCGACCCGCAAGAGCUACGGCUCGAGACGCGGGUGAAUGGCGCUGUGCGACAGAGGACCGGGACCGAUGACAUGAUCUUCUCGGUCGCCAAGAUCAUUGCGCAUCUCAGCCGAGGGACCACCCUCAGGAAAGGCACUAUCAUCCAGACAGGCACACCGAGCGGAGUCGGCCUGUUUAUGGAACCGAAGGGGUUUUUGCAAAAUGGCGACGUGGUUGAAGUGUCAAUUGAGGGAAUAGGCAAGAUUCGCAACAAGAUGGUGUUUGAGUAG